AUGAGUGACCAACCAAACCGAAUGAGAAAAGAAAAGAGAACUUAUCCAGUUGCACCAAAGGCAGAGGUGAAGGGAAAAUUACAACCAAACACUAGCAACCCAGCAUCCCCAAUAAUAAUUAAUAAGAACAACGCUAGGAUUAGACAACCCACAGCAACCCGGAAAAAUAAGUUCGUCCGGAAGAGAAAAGACGUAGAUCCUAUGGUUCCAUUUCUUGCCGAAAAAAUGUCCAUCCACAAUCUCCAGUGUGACGAAGAAUGUCCCAAAGGGAUGAUUCCUGACCGGUACCCAGAUAAACAGACGACAUGUGAAGCAAAACUGACGGACGAGGACAACCUGUAG